AUGUUGCGAUUAUCGCUCCGGUCAGCGCGUGUGCUCGGUAGACAGCCCAUUGCGGCUGCUGCCCAGCGCCAAUGGCCUGUUGCGACCUCGCACCGAGCCAACCUGUUGCUUCAGAGAGGGUUUGCCGACCAAAAGAAGUCCGAAGACGCGAAAGCCGCUGCUCAGAACCCCCCUCCUUCGACAAUCGAUGAUGUUGGAGAGUCCAAGGCCAAGGAGAUUCCAACUCCAGCACCACCUGCCCCCCCUCCACGUAAGAAGAAGGGUUUCUUCAGGCGACUUCGAAACCUCACAUUGAACUUGAUUUUGCUGAGUGCUCUCACUUUUGGUGGAGGUGUGUGGUACUCUCGGAUCAACGACAGCUUCCAUGAUUUCUUUACCGAAUAUGUACCAUACGGAGAGCAGGCUGUUUUGUAUCUGGAGGAAUUGGAAUACAAGAAGCGCUUCCCUAACGCAGCAAGUCGCAUUGGCAAACCCCGAGACAGCAGCGAGCAGGUUACAAUCCCAGCCCAGAGCGGUGCUUCUUGGAGGGUUGCCGAUGCUGCUGACUCAAGCAGACGAUCUGGCACUGGUUCAACUCCCGCAAAGAAGGAGAGUCAACCUGCUAAGCCCAAGGCUGCCACGAAGACCCCCGAGCCUACGGCAAAGCCCUCUGAACCCGUCGCUGUCAAGUCCGAGGAGAAGAAGCAACCAGCUUUCAAGGAGCCCGAAGUCAAUGAGCCUUCAAGGUUCCCACCCCUGAAGCCCAUUGAUCUUUUCUCUCUGGCCGAUGCCAAGGAGCCAGUUGUUCAAGAACUUGUCCACAUGCUCAAUGAUCUUAUUACCGUGAUCAACGCGGAUGGUGCCCACGGAAAGUAUGGAUCUUCAAUCGACAAGGCCAAGUCACAAGUGAAAAAGGUCGGAGGCCAGCUGAAGGCUAUCAAGGCCAAGGUCGAGCAGGAUUCUGCCAACGAGGUUCGCGUCAAGGUUGCCGAAUUCGACAAGGCUGCCACCGAGCUUGUUAGUCGUGUCGAGAAGGCUAUGAUCGGCCAAGAGCUGCAAUGGCGCAAGGAGUUCGAAGAGGAGAUGGAGAAGGUCCGAGGAAGCUACGAUGCCCGCGUCAAUCUUCUGCUAGAGCGCGAGAAGAAGCUCAAUGAAGCCAAGUUGGAGAAUCAACUUCUUGAGCAGGCCAUUGCGCUGAAGAAGGAAUUCACCAGUGAGGUCCAAAACCGUGUUGAGAAAGAGCGAGAGAGCCGCUUGGGUCAACUGGAUGCCCUCUCCGCUGCUGUGACAGACUUGGAGCAGCUGACUACCGGAUGGAACUCGGUGAUCGACUCCAACCUCCAGACACAGCAGCUUCAUGUUGCUGUCGAGGCUGUCCGCGCCAAUCUUGAGACCGCUACUCAGCCCCAGCCCUUCAUCAAGGAGCUUGUUGCGCUUAAGGAGAUCGCCGCCGACGAUGCAGUUGUCAACGCAGCCAUCGCCUCAUUGAACCCGGCUGCGUACCAACGCGGACUCUUCACAACUCCUCAGCUAAUUGACAGAUUCCGCCGGGUCGCCAGUGAGGUUCGCAAGGCAUCACUCCUUCCCGACAAUGCAGGUGUUGCUAGCCACGCUUCCAGCUGGGUUCUCAGCCACGUUAUGUUCAAGAAGCAGGGUCUUCCAGAGGGCGAUGACGUGGAGAGCAUCCUGACAAGAACACAGAUCUUUUUGGAGGAGGGUGAUCUGGACGCCGCUGCUCGUGAGGUGAAUGGCUUGGAAGGCUGGGCCAAGACCCUUAGCAAGGACUGGCUGGGCGAAGUCCGUAAGGUAUUGGAGGUCCAGCAAGCACUUGACGUAAGUCAUGGCUACCGAAGCUCGGCUACAGAGCUUGAGGGUGGAGUAAGGGACUGCUUGCAGGCAUUGACUUGUAUGAGUGGAAUCGCAAUGAAGAAGUCAUCGUUGCUAAGCAGUACCCGUGGCCACAUCCAGUGCUUCAGCUCGGCCUCCCGCGGGUACACUGAAGCCCUGGAAAGGCUCUCCUUGCUCGGCUCCAACCGGACAAGCACGCGCCUCUUCGAAGCGCAAAGGGCUCCAUCGACGGUAUCCGAUAAGUCGGCCCCCAGGAAGGAUCUCAACGCAGAUGCGAUCCCUGAGAUGCUCACUUGGCUGCGGCGCGCAGGAUACACGCCGCAUGACCUCUGCCGCAUACGGCACAUACACGUCGCGGGGACCAAAGGAAAGGGCUCUGUAUGCGCAUACGCGACGGCCAUCUUGCGGAAAUACGGCAGGGUUGGGACAUUCACCAGCCCUCAUCUCCUGAGUCCGAGAGAAAGGAUUGCGAUUGAUGGGGAGCCGGUAGAGAAGGAGCUGUUUGCCAGGUCGUUCUUUGAGGUGUGGGAUCAACUCACGGAGGCGGCAAGGAAAGAGGGUAAGACUGCGGCAGAGGCUGAGGGUCCUGAGUCGAAGCCGUUCUAUUUUCGGUUCAUGACGAUAUUGGCUUGGCAUAUAUUUAUCAACCAAGGGAUCCGCGAUGUUGUAUUUGAGUGUGGGAUCGGUGGCGAGUACGAUGCAACGAAUGUCCUACCUGCGGAGGCGGUGUCCGCAGCUGUAGUGUCGCAGCUCGGGAUUGACCAUGUAGCCAUGUUGGGGGACACGGUUGAGAAGAUUGCUUGGCAUAAGGCAGGCGUGUUCAAGCGAGGGAAAAAGGCAUUCACCAGACGUCUCGACGGCCAGCCAGAGGUCAUGGCAGUUUUACGAUCGAGGGCAGAAGAGAAAGGUGUUAUUCUGGAGGAGAUCGAUGACGACGUUGUCAAUGCUUGGGGAGGUGUCAAGGGCACCUUGAAAGGGGACUUUCAAAAGUUCAACCAGGCCCUGGCGAUCUGUGCCGUGCGGGAACAUCUUGGGCUGGAAAGCACAGCCAGAGUUAGCUUGCAAAACCCACCCGAGGAGAUGAUUGAGGGUCUGAAGGAGGCAAAGCUACGGGGGCGCGGAGAGACCAUUGAAGAUGGUGAAAUGCAAUGGUGCCUUGACGGCGCGCACACAAAGGACAGUUUGAUAGAGGUUGCCCGGUGGUAUGGUCAGGAACUUGGCGAGAACGGAAAGGCUGUCCUGAUAUUCAAUCAGCCGGAGCGAGAGAUAUCGGAACUUCUAACCGCUUUCAUGAGCACUAUGAAGGCUGUCUCGGGCCGGGAAGAUAUCUUUAGCCAUGCGCUCUUCACGACCAACGAUGUAGAAGGACCAGCCGCAGACGAAAUAAGGGAUUUGGCUGUUCAGCAAAAAGGAGCUGAAACUAUGAAACUUCUUGCAUCAAGUUGUCAGGUGCAGAUUUUUGAUAACAUCAGGGAUGGUGUUUCGGAAGCAAGGAGAAUAUGCAAGGACCCAGGUGGUGCCAAGAGAGUAUUGGUUACAGGAAGCAUGCACCUUGCAGGUGGUGUUAUUGGGGUUCUUGAGCCUUGGAACACUGAUUGA